UGAACUUUUACUUCAGCAUCGUCUUUAACGACAAUCAUGAGUCUCACCGCUAAGGACAAGGCAAUGGUCAAGGCCUUCUGGGCCAAGGUGGCCGGCAAGGCUGAGGACAUCGGAUGCGAUGCUCUGUCUAGGACGCUGGUGGUGUACCCCCAGACCAAGACCUACUUCUCCCACUGGAAGGACCUGAGCCCCGGCUCUGCCCCAGUCAGGAAGCACGGUGGGACCGUCAUGGGAGGCAUCAGUUUAGCCGUGGCCAGCAUCGACGACCUCACCGCAGGUCUCCUCACCCUCAGCGAGCUGCAUGCCUUCACGCUGCGUAUCGAUCCCGCCAACUUCAAGAUCUUGUCCCACAACAUCUUGGUGGUGCUGGCUAUCUUGUUCCCGGAUGACUUCAAUCCCGAAGCUCAUGUGGCCAUGGACAAGUUCCUGGCCGCCGUGGGCCGGGCUCUGUCUGAGAAGUACCGAUAAACUGUGGGCAGAAGGCAUCAGACCAGACGGAUUGCAGCAUUGAUCAGCACUGUGCUCAGCUCUGUAUUGAUCUAAA